AACGGGCAGAGCCCCCCCAGACCCCAGGUGAGGAGCGGGGAUGGGGACAGGGACAUGGAGGGGGACAUCAGAGUGGGCUCAGCUCCUGGCUGCUGGGGUGGGGACCAGGGGUGGGCAUCCCUGAGGCUGGGAUGAGGGUGUUGGGGGACAUGGGGGUCUCUGGGAUGCCAGGACGACAUGGGAGUGGCACAGGGGAUGGUGGAGGGACGGUGGGGAUAUGGGGCACAGAGGGGCAGGAUGGGGUGAGGGACACAAGGUGGACCUGGGUGUGGCACUAGGACCACAGAGAGAACAGAUUGUUACCAAGGGUGGCAGAGGGGCUCUGGACCAUGGUGGGGGGUGACAGGGUGACAGGGCUAUGGCAUCUCCAGAGGGUGCAGGUGGUGUUCCCAGUGUCCCUGCGUGUCCCACUGCCAUGUGGCCGUGCCUACUGCUCGCUCUCGCCCUGCUGGGCACUGUCCCUGCCAGCCACCCCGCCCCCCGGCAGCCCCAGGGGGUCCCCGCUGGUGACACCACCCCGCAGCACUACGCCGUGGUGAAGAAGCUGCGCACCUACUCGGGCGCCCAGCGCUACUGCCAGGAUGUGUACCGGGGCCGGCUGGCCUCGGUGCACAGCGCUGCCCGCAACCAGGAGCUGCAGAAACUGGCACAGAGCUACCACAUCAUCCUGGCACCCUGGAUUGGAGCUGUCACCAGCUGCAGGCAGGCAGGGCGGUGGGAGUCCUACUGGGAGGACUCCAGCCCCUGGAACUACGCGAACUGGGCGCCCACCCACCCCUUCCACAUUGUCACCACCUGUGCCACCCUCAGCAUCCGAGGUAAGGUCACCCAGCCACCGUGUCCAGGCUCGGGGGGUGCUGGGGAGGGGAGCACAGGCUGCUGGGGCGUUGGAGGGACAUUGGGAGGGCACUGUGGGGAGGGGGCUACAGGGCACUGGGUGAGCUGAGGGGAGCACUGGGAGGGGUUACAGGGCACUGGGGGAGCCAAGGGGGGAUACAGGGGGCACUGGAAGUGGUUGCAGGGUACUGAGGGGCCCUGGGAACCACCCAUGGCCCUGACACUGUCCUUGUCCCCAGACGGGCUCUGGCGAAGCCGCUUCUGCUUCCAGCUGCGCCCCUUCAUCUGCCAGUACUGAGCCCCUGGCGC